AUGACCGAUCGAAUUAAAUUUAUCCUUCAGAAACGAGCGUCAUUAAAAUCACAAAUUACGGGUCUAACAAACAUAAUCGAACGCGAACGAUAUGAUAAAACCGCGUUAAAGUUGCGUAUGACACGAAUCACAGAAUUAUACCAUGCCUACGAAGAAUUUAAUGACGAGCUCAUGCUCUUAGAGUCAAACGACAAUCACAACGACGAAUUCACAAGCGUACAAGACAGAUAUUAUUUGUUAGCCGCCAAGGUUAAUGAAAUUAUAAAGCCGAACGAGCCGCCGCCCGACGCAAUCGCCGGACCCUCGAACGUCGUAUUAGCCACCGAAAACGCGGGAAAUACUGUGACCACAAAACGAAAAAUAAAACUACCGGAAACAGCUUUACCGACCUUUGAUGGCCGAUAUGAAGAGUGGCUAACGUUUAAAAAUACUUUCCUCGAAAUGAUAGACGUACGAACGGAUCUCGCCGAUACGAAGAAACUGCAAUAUCUGAAAUCCGCAUUAAAAGGCGACGCAGCCAAUAAGAUCAAACUCUUAACCAUCGAAGGCGCGAGCUACAGUAAAGCGUGGGAAUUGCUGACUCGUGCAUACGAAGUAAAACGAAUUUUGAUUUCGCGACACCUCACGCUGCUCAAUAAUUUACCCGCGUUAGAAAAGGAGACCACGGAUGGCCUGUCUAGACUUGCCGACGACACGCAGCAACAUGUCGCAUCAUUGAACGCGCUAGGGGUCAAUGUGGCAUCUGAGAGUUUAGUGAACCUGUUAGAAAGUAAGUUACCAAAGAACACCGCUGAAAAAUGGGAAGAAACGCUUGAUCGAGACGAAUUUCCGAAAAUAGACGACCUAUACAAAUUCUUAUAUCGAACCGCAGUCCGUGUUUCUAAACGCACCCGAAUAGAGAGCAACAGACGAGAAGACGAUAAAUCGUCAACGGCGGGAAAACGGGCGCGACUAACUAGCAAGGCCUUCGUAGUCAAUAAUUGCACCGCUUGCGGGAUUAAACAACAUCCGUUAUUUAAAUGCGACAAGUUCAGACAGCUAGACAUUUCUAAACGCAUUGAAAUAGUAAGAAAGGCCAGACUGUGUUACAAUUGCAUGCGUUCUCAUGUAGGUAAAACAUGCAAAUACACGAAUUGUACUAUUUGCCACAAACGACAUAAUACAUUGCUACACCUCGAAAGAAAAACAAACGCGGAAGGUUCCGGCGCGACCGACUCAAAAACGGCAAAAGACGAAUGA